AUUGUGAUUUAUUCUAAUUAAGCGGUAAUAAUUUACAUCUUGUAUAGGCGGUCUUUUUUAAUGGCCAAACAGAGUAGACCCUCUUUUGCUAAAACUGAAUUGUUGAAAGAAUUCAACCCGUUGCCGAAAUUAGUUGUAUUUGACCUAGACUACACGUUAUGGCCAUACUGGGUCGAUACUCAUAUCAGUCUACCAAUAAGGAAACCAAAGAACGGAGUCGUGACUGACGCAAGUGGAACAAAACUCCGUAUCUACCCAGAAGUGGUGCAGGUUCUUGAAACUUUGAAGGACAACGGCAUUUUGAUUGCAGCGGCUUCAAGAACUCAAGAACCGCCAGCAGCAAGAGAUAUGUUGAAAUAUUUUGAUUUAGACAAAUACUUUGACUUCAAGGAAAUCUACCCGGGGGAGAAGACGGCACAUUUCAAUAAGAUCAAAAGGGACUCCAAUGUUGCUUAUGAAGACAUGUUGUUUUUUGACGAUGAAAGCCGAAACAUUGUAACUAUAUCAAAGCUUAAAGUCACUUGUUAUUUUGUAAAAACUGAAGUCAGUAUGAAAACACUGAAGGAGGGAUUAGCACUAUUUGUUAAAUCCCAUGGAGCCUGAGCUUUAUUAAAAUUAAUUUGACAAUAGUAAUACUUUUAUGUGAUAAUUAUAACUGUGGAUAUUUAUUUAUUUUUUAAACUUGUUAUUGUUGCAAUAAAUAUAAUUUAUUUAUAAAAAUCAAGAGCUUGUUAUUGUAAACCCUAAUAACUAAAUAAUAAAGGCAAAAAAGUAAAACUGAGUUGUGUUCAUUAAAACAUCACUAAAGCUAUGUACAGAUCUAAAAUCAACUAUUGUUGGUAG